AUGGCAUCAUAUUCUACUCCCCCAAACGAAAAGGUCGAUGUCUUGGAGGCAGAGACAGCACCUAAUCGCCACCAUGGCGGAACACAAGUUGAUCGCAUCGAUGCUAUGGCUACAGCACCCGGGGUAACACUCGAGUCUUUUUCCCAUCUUGAUGAGAAGAAGAUUCUACGCAAGAUGGACAUGCGGUUGAUCCCCAUGCUGGCACUUCUCUAUCUCCUCUCAUUCCUCGACCGAGGAAACAUCGGAAACGCAAAGAUCGAAGGCCUCCAAGAGGAUCUCAAUAUGACUCCCGAUCAAUACAACUGGUGUCUUACUGUUUUCUUCUUCACAUACGCCGCCUUCGAAGUCCCCUCCAACCUCCUCCUCAAAAAGCUCCGACCUAGUGUCUGGCUUCCUAUAAUCAUGAUUGCUUGGGGUGUCGUCAUGACAUUGAUGGGCAUUGUCCAGAAUUAUACAGGCCUUCUUGUCGCUCGCGUCUUUCUCGGUCUGACCGAGGCUGGUCUUUUCCCUGGCGUUGCCUAUUACCUGACCAUGUGGUACUGUCGACACGAAAUCCAAUUUCGUCAAGCCCUCUUCUUUUCAGCUGCUUCCAUAGCCGGUGCCUUUAGCGGUCUUCUCGCCUUUGCAAUUGCAAAGAUGGACGGCGUCGGGGGUCUCGAAGGAUGGAGAUGGAUUUUUAUCCUUGAAGGAAUCGUGACUGUUAUUGUUGCCAUUUUUGCUUUCUGGGCUCUGUACGAUUUCCCCGAAACCGCCAGUUUUUUGACUGAAGAGGAGCGUGCCUUUGUUGUUUUCCGACUUAAGUAUCAGGGCCAGCAAAAGGCUGCAGGCCAGAGUCAGUCUCGUGUCGCGCAGAGUGAUGAGUUUAAAUGGGCUUAUGUUUGGGACGCAUUCAAGGACUGGCAGAUCUGGGUCAAUAUCUUUGUCUACUGGGGGAUUGUUUGUCCACUCUACGGAAUCAGCCUCUUUUUGCCUACCAUUAUUCGAAAUCUCGGUUACAGCUCGAGUACCGCUCAGCUCAUGACUGUGCCUAUCUACAUCACAGCCGCAAUUUUGGCUGUUAUCGUUGCAUGGACUUCGGAUCGAGUUGGAAAGAGAAGCCCCUUUAUCGUGGCAUUCCUCUGUGUCAUGGUUGUUGGUUUCUCAAUGUGCAUUUCUACCAACAACCCAAAGGUUGUCUAUGGCGGGGUUUUUAUCGCGGCUUGUGCUAUUUACCCAGCCUUCCCUGGAGUUAUCUCAUGGCUGGCCAACAACCUGUCAGGAAGCUACAAGCGAAGUGUUGGCAUGGCUAUCCAAAUUGGUGUUGGAAACCUUGGCGGCGCUAUGGCAUCCAACUUUUAUCGACAAAAAGACGGUCCUCGGUACAUUCUGGGUCAUGCUUUGGAACUCGGUUUCAUUUGUGUGGGAAUCAUCGCCGCUCUUAUCUUGAUCUUUAGCUACAGCCGUAUCAACAAGAGCCGCGAGAGAAGAAUGGCGGCUGGUGAGCACGAGACCAUCUCGGACGAAGAGCUUUCUGCCAGGGGAGACAAGGCCGUGACUUGGCGAUAUAUGCACUGA